GUGAAGUACUAGCAGUCGACACAAACAGGCGAAUGUGUAACUUGAAGGGAGAAAUUUUUAUGGCAUUGCAGUAAACCUUUCCGAAAAUCGUGUCGCUGUGUAUCCAGAAAAAAAACUUGCACUACAGAGAUGCGAAGUCUGGUAACUUGUUGCGUUUUACUGGGUGGAAUUCUCUUUUCUUGCGCAAAGGCUAAUGACGACGACAUGCAACAGAGACACGUCGAAUGGGAGUCACCUUUCUCCAGUACAAACGCCCGAAGCAAGAUGUCAGGGCAACGGCGUCGCAGCGGAGGCGUGGGACACUCUUGUAAAGGCAGCGAGGACUGCAAUGUUCGCCUGUGCUGUAGAAGGAAUAAUGGCGGAGGCACUUGCCAGAGGCUUUCUUAUCCCGGUGAGCCUUGCUCUGAUGGCCAGAUCAAAGGAGGGAUGUACGCUAAUCACUGCCCUUGCGUGUACGGUGAAGAUAAUUGCCAAAAUGGUUACUGCAUCACAGAUUCAUGGUGGCAGAGGUGACCGUGACUACCAGUUAUUUUAUUGGCGUCCGCGUAUGCACAUUGUCACCUUGGAGAUAGCAUACACCGGCUACUUCAUGAAAUAAAUCCAAUAUUCGCCGGAACAAAUUUGCUUCAAAUCGUCA